CUACCUUUUUAGUUUUGAACCUCAACUCUGCCAUUCUUAAACCCUGUAACCAGGCCCAACUUUAACCCUUUCAGUCUCACCUCAAAAACGGUGCGUUUUGAUUGCAUCCUCGUGUAGGAAGUUUCAGGUUUUGAAGCUCCAUACCCUAAUUCAGUUCUUUGAUUGCGUGAGAAAAGAGGUGACUGUGAAUCCACAUCCAAAUCUGAAUGGGUUAUCUUCAAUUUGGCAGACAUGGUGUUAGGCAGAUCAUUAGAUUUAGAGAUGCCAGUUAUGAUAAUGCUGUGGUAAACCCACUCCUGUAUGCUUCCCAGGGACUUCGUUACAAGAGGAAGCUCCAAGUCAUCCUUACAACUGACAUAGAUAAGCUGGGAAAGGCAGGUGAUACUGUCAAAGUUGCCCCUGGAUAUUUUCGCAACCACCUAAUGCCCAAGCUCCUUGCUUUACCUAACAUUGAUAAGUUUGCCUAUCUCCUCAAUGAGCAGCGCAAGAUCUAUCAACCAACUGAAGAAAUAAAACAAGGUGUGACUCUAGUUAAAGAGUCAAAGGUAGAUAUGAUGAAAGAGUAUGAAAAGGCAGCACUACGUCUGGAUAAAGCUAAGCUGGUCUUGCGGAGGUUAAUUGAUGUUCAAAAAGCAAAGUCGCGUGAAUCAAAAGAUGUGCCCUUGGAGUUACGUUUUCCCGUGACAAAAGAUAUUCUUGUGGCUGAGGUGGCAAGACAACUCUGUGUGAACAUUGCACCCGAUAACAUUCAUCUUCCAUCACCUUUAUCGACACUGGGAGAAUAUGAGGUGCCACUGCGUUUACCAAUGUCCAUCCCGCUGCCAGAGGGCAAGGUUAACUGGAAUUUGAAAGUUAAAAUCAGGAGUAAAUAAAUCACUCGUCUUGUUGAAUUCAAGUUCACCAGCGAUGGGAUUAUUGUUUUAUGCUGAUAAAUCAUUAAUUUGAACCCGGGAAUUAUUAGAUCUUGACAUUGCUUUCAUUUAUAAAAAUAGAAAUGCGACACAUUUAACGAUGUCUUUUCAAUAUUCUGUUAUUAACGAGUGUUAUUGACAUUUUUUUUCAAUGAAGUGUUGUCUAGGUGUCUUAUUUUA